CAAGCUGUCCCUACCUCCUAGCACCCCAAGCCUGAUGAAGUUGUCCCUGGAUGAGACUGGCAAGGAUAUGGCUGAGAAUACCCAGUGGUCCAGGCCUGAGUGCCAGACAUGGACUAUGGUCCUGCUGCUGGGCACCUGCCUGCUCUACUGUACCCGCGUGAGUGUACCCAUCUGCACCGUGGCCCUGAGCCAGGACUUUGGCUGGAAUAAGAAGGAGGCCGGAAUUGUCCUGAGCAGCUUCUUCUGGGGCUACUGCCUGACACAGGUCGUGGGUGGCCACCUCGGGGACCGGAUUGGGGGUGAGAAGGUCAUCAUGCUGUCAGCCUCUGCCUGGGGCUCCAUCACAGCCGCCACGCCCCUGCUCUCAUACCUGGGAAGUGCCCACCUCAUCUACAUGACUUUGUCUCGUGUCCUCAUGGGCUUGCUCCAAGGGGUUUACUUCCCUGCCCUGACUAGCCUGCUAUCCCAGAAAGUGCAGGAGAGUGAGAGAGCCCUAACCUACAGCACUGUGGGUGCUGGCUCCCAGAUUGGGACGCUGGUGACCGGGGCGGUGGGCUCCGUGCUCCUGGAGUGGUGCGGCUGGCCGAGCGUCUUCUACCUCUCGGGCGGCCUCACCUUGCUCUGGGUGUGGUGCGUGCACAGGUACCUGCUGAGUGACAAAGAUAUUGUUCUGGCUAUGGGCAUCCUGGUGCGAGGCCUGCCAGUGUCUAGGCACUGCAAGGUGCCCUGGAGACAGCUCUUCCGAAAGCCUUCCGUCUGGGCAGCCGUCUUUGCGCAGCUGUCCUCGGCCUGCUCCUUCUUCACCCUCCUCUCCUGGCUGCCCACCUUCUUUAAGGAGACCUUCCCCCACUCCAAGGGCUGGGUCUUCAACGUGGUGCCCUGGUUGGUGGCAAUUCCUGCCAGUGUGUUCAGCGGGUUUCUCUCUGAUCAUCUCAUCCGUCAGGGUUACAGAGCCAUCACGGUGCGGAAGUUCAUGCAGGUGAUGGGUCUGGGCCUGUCCAGCAUCUUUGCCCUGUGUCUGGGUCAUACUUCGAGCUUCUUCAAGUCCAUGGUCUUUGCAUCAGCUUCCAUCGGCCUUCAGACUUUCAACCACAGUGGCAUUUCUGUGAACAUCCAGGACUUGGCCCCAUCCUGUGCCGGCUUCCUGUUUGGCGUGGCCAACACAGCUGGGGCCUUGGCAGGUGUCGUGGGCGUGUGUCUGGGUGGCUACCUGAUUGAGACCACAGGCUCCUGGACCAGCCUGUUCUACCUGGUGGCCAUUGUCAGCAACCUGGGGCUGUGCACCUUCCUGGUGUUCGGACAGGCCCAGAGAGUGGACCUGAGCCCCACCCAUGAGGACCUGUAGCUCCCACCCAGCCACCUUCUGAGGACACGGCACCAGCAACCCUAGGGACGAAGGGGCCCAUUGGAGACAUUGGAGAUGUGUGAGCAGAGGAGAUGGCAAAUCACAGGGGCUUGCUCAGAGCCUGAAUGAGUGGGCAGGAGGAACACAGCAGACAUCAGUACCCAUGAAGGGCCUGGGUCAGGACCAGGCUGGUCCUCUGAACCUCAGUUUUCCCACCUCCCUUCCUUGUGUGGCCAUCAGGGACGGAAUCUUUCUAGCAGAUUCUGUCAGGUCCUGGCAGGACAUCCUCAUCAACCCCCCCACCCCUGGAAAUGCCUGUCUAUGGAUGCAGGGUCUGGUGCUCAGCUGGGCAACAGACCACUGUCUGCAGGGGCGUCCUCACACCCCACCUGUUGCACAUCACCCUUCCCCAACCCUCCCCAUCCCGACAGCCAGAAACGUCUCCAGACUUUGUCCAGUGUCCCAGGGGCACCACUGAAGAAGAACCCCCAGUCAAGGUCUCAGAGUCUCUGCUCCUCCCUCAGCCAGGCUGAGACAUCAGAGGCCCCUGUCCGUCUCUGGGGACCCAGCCCCCCACCAUCCUUCCUGUAGGUCCCUGGUCACUGACUAUGCAUUCUGAGGAGGCGGACACCCUGGUGUCACCUGGGGCAAGGGCCGCACAUGCAGAACCAGGCAGACCCAUCUUCCUGAUCUCCUGUCUACCACCCUUUCCAUACCCUGAGGACCUGGUGGUCUCAUGAAUGAAUGAGACUGGAUUUUGCAAGAUGUAUGUGCAGAGAAAAGAAACUAUACACACAUGGGAAGUUACAUCAAAGCUGUAUUUAAAUAACUGUUGACCUGUUUGAAAAUAUUAUUUUAUCAUAAAGCAUUAGAAUCAGGUCUGAGGAGAGUCCUGGGAGCAGACACAUUUGUGGAUCUGGAAUAUUGAAAUAAAUGUGAAAAUGGA